CAUGCACUUCUACAUUCAUGGGUCGGUGGGCAACCCCGACGGGUACCAUAAUUCCCUUUUGGGACAAAUGACCUGGACGAAGAACCUCCAUUCCUUCGCAGGCCAUUGCAUGGGGGUGUGUCUGCCCUUCAACUUCCCCUACUACUUCAACUACGGGACCAUGGGCAGUCUGUGCAGCCCCUUCUACAGGGGGCCCUCGCCCAUGUCGGAGGUUGAGACCAGGGCCAUCGUCGAGACUUUGGAGCAAAUCAACAACAAACACAAACUGGUGAUGUUGCUGGACCUUCAGCAGCCUGGCCAGUCGAUCGUGCUGCCCUUUAGCUGGAAUCACAUCAAUCCUGAGGACUACGAGGCCAUGCGUUCCCUCGCGUCAACAUACACUGAAGCAAUAAGGCUGAAUCACAACGUCUAUUAUGAUGUGAACCACAAUGGCUACGCCAUGGGAGGGACUCUUACAGAAUAUGCCAAGUACCUCUUGGGCAUUAAAUACUCAUACAAGAUCUUUUUGAGUAUUGAUGUACGCUACUUGUUCCAACCGCAUCCAAUGAGGACCUUAGUGCCCCAAGUCUGGACAGGACUGACAGCUAUGCUAAGGGAACUCCAAAAAGAGAGAGUGCAAGAGGCUCGGAAAGCCCUCUCGGCGCUCCCAAAAGGUCAGGAUGAGUGACAUGGACGAGCAGCCCUGCGCUCCGGAAUGCCUUCGUGCGCUGCAAAGAGAGCGCUCGAACGGAACGCCUUGGAGCGCUACGUUGACGCUCGAAUGUGAACACGGAACUAUGUGUUCUUUUCCUGUGUUAGAUUUUGUUUUAAGCAUAUUUACUGGGCGUUUCCAAAUUCUAGUAUUCAUGAAAGUCUUCUGUUUACCUCUGCAUAGCAUAUUUUUCACUAUUAGUCUAGAAGCUAGGCUUACGAGGCAAGGACUCUCGUGAGGCUUCGCACUUAUAAUCUUCAGCUUAAUAUGUUAUAUAAUGCAAGUCAAGACGUGUCCACUGGCAUUUCGCUAAUCACAAAAGUAUAUAUGACAGAAUCCAAACUGAAAACUAUUCCUUGCUCUUGUUUAUUAUCUGUUUAUAAACAAUGCCUGUGUCGUCUGCUGGGCGCCCAACCCCUCGGGCCCGUUGCGUUUGGGCGCCACGCGAAGAAUACAUGUAUCACGUGACAGGCCGUUGCGUCUCGUCAUGCUGGCAGGAGCCAUGACGGAUCGCAAGGCAGACUCCCAAUCCGCAGUCACAGCCUGAACGCCUACCAAACUCUAUCUCAAAGCCCGAAACGACACUGCCAGUAUUUCAAGGCAGCGCACUUUGUGGCAGAACCGAGCUGAAGAUUCGAACGCAGGGAGAACCACCUGGAGAUUCACGCACGAGUCUUCCUCGAUUUGCUUCCAAAGGGAGACA